AUGUACAAUAAAUUCAUAAAAAAUGCAUACAUGACUGUUGUUGAGGAAGGCCUUGUAAGUGGUUUUGGCAUGGGCUCUGUCUUCUGCAUCAUAUUUAGCAGCUAUGGCCUAGCCUUCUGGUAUGGUGGAAAGCUAAUCAUUGACAAAGGUUAUACCGGAGGGAAAAUCAUCACUGUUUUGUUUGCCGUAUUGACUGGCGCAACCUCGUUAGGUAAUGCAACACCAUCAAUUUCUGCAAUUGUGGGAGGUCAAUCUGCAGCAUACAGACUGUUCGAAACGAUUGAGAGGAAACCCGGGAUAGAUUCAGAUGAUACCAGCGGCAUAGUCUUGGAAAAUAUCAAGGGUGAUAUUGAGAUAAAGGAUGUACACUUUAGCUACCCUGCAAGACCCGAGCAGUUAGUAUUAGAUGGACUGUCAUUACAAGUAGCUAGUGGAACAACAAUGGCCAUAGUUGGAGAGAGCGGAAGUGGCAAGUCAACUGUGAUCAGCCUAGUUGAAAGAUUCUAUGAUCCACAGGCUGGCGAAGUUUUGAUAGAUGGAGUAAACAUCAAGAAUCUGAAUCUUGAUUGGAUAAGAGGGAAGAUCGGCCUUGUUAGCCAAGAACCGUCGCUGUUUAUGACCUCCAUUAAAGAUAACAUAAUCUAUGGUAAAGAAGAUGCAACUCUUGAAGAAAUCAAGAGAGCAGCCGAGCUCGCAAAUGCAGCAAGCUUCAUCGACAAGUUGCCGAAUGGAUACAAUACAUUGGUUGGCCAACAUGGCACUCUGCUUUCUGGAGGACAAAAACAAAGAAUUGCAAUUGCAAGAGCCAUCCUUAAAGAUCCAAAAAUUCUUUUGCUAGAUGAAGCAACAAGUGCACUGGAUGUGGAAUCUGAGAGGAUAGUUCAGGAGGCACUCAAUAGGAUAAUGGUAGAAAGAACCACACUUAUCGUUGCUCAUCGUUUGAGCACUGUAAGGAAUGUAGACUGCAUCACAGUUGUUCAUCAAGGGAAAAUAGUCGAACAAGGUCCUCAUCAAGCAUUGGUGAAGGAUCCCGGUGGAGCUUACUCCCAGCUUAUUAGGCUACAAGAAACCCAUGGUAAUGAAAGACGUAAAAUACAGGAUCCUGGAGUGCCCAAUUCCUUAUUAAAAAGCACUACUUUGUCAAUUAGACGGUCAGUGACUAAAGAUUCCUUUGGCAAUAGCAAUAGAUACUCUUUCAGAUCUGAUGAGUCUCAUGAGGAUGAAAUCAUAGGCAAGCAGAACAAAGAGGACCUUCCUGAUGGGAAGACCCUUCAGAAAGCACCAAUUGGACGCCUUUUUAAUCUUAACAAACCAGAGGUGCCAUUUCUUCUGCUCGGUGUUAUAGCAGCAUCGGUGCAUGGAAUCAUUUUCCCAUUGUUUGGCAUACUAAUGUCUGGCGUUAUAAAAUCAUUCUACGAGCCACCAGAUAAGCUGCGAAAAGAUUCUAGCUUUUGGGCAUUGAUAGCUGUUGUUCUGGGGGUUGCAGCUUUCAUUGCAAUCCCUGCAGAAUAUCUUUUGUUUGGAAUUGCUGGUGGCAAGCUUAUAGAGCGUGUUCGUACUCUGUCAUUUCAAAAUAUUGUGCAUCAGGAAAUUGCUUGGUUUGAUAAUCCCUCAAAUUCGAGUGGUGCACUUGGUACACGGCUCUCAGUCGAUGCAUUAAAUGGUUAUGCUCAAGUGAAGUUCUUCAAGGGGUUUAGUGAAGAAGCUAAGGAGAUGUAUGAAGAUGCAAGUCAAGUUGCAACUGAUGCUGUUAGUAGUAUCAGAACUAUAGCAUCUUUCUGUGCAGAGAAAAGAGUGGUUACAACGUAUAACAAGAAAUGUGAAGCAUUAAGGAAACAAGGAAUUCGAACUGGAAUUGUCGGAGGGCUUGGUUUUGGUUUCUCACUCUUAGUGUUGUAUCUGACAUAUGCUCUAUGUUUCUAUGUUGGUGCAAAGUUUGUUCGCCAGGGAAAAACUACUUUUGCAGAUGUUUUCAAAGUUUUCUUUGCCUUAGUUUUGGCAGCUGUUGGGGUUUCGCAGGCAAGUGCAUUGGCAUCUAAUGCGACAAAGGCAACGCAUUCGGCCAUUUCUGUUUUCAGUAUUCUAGAUCGGAAGUCAAAAAUCGAUACAAGUAGUGAUGAGGGCCUCAUGUUGGAAAAUGUCAAUGGCGACAUUGAUUUUAGUAAUGUCAGUUUCAAGUACCCAUCACGCCCUGAUGUUCAAAUAUUUAGUGACUUUACAUUGCACAUUCCUUCCAGAAAGACCAUAGCACUAGUUGGAGAAAGUGGUAGUGGCAAGUCCACAAUAAUUGCUUUACUUGAGCGUUUCUAUGAUCCUGAUUCUGGUAGAAUCUCAGUAGAUGGAGUCGAAAUUAAGAGCUUGAGAAUUAGCUGGUUAAGGGAUCAGAUGGGGCUGGUAGGCCAGGAGCCAGUGCUUUUCAACGACACAAUCCGUGCAAACAUAACAUAUGGAAAAAAUGGAGAAGCGACUAACGAAGAAGUCACAGCUGCGGCCAAUGCAGCAAAUGCUCAUGAAUUCAUAUCAAGCUUGCCACAUGGAUACAACACUCCGGUUGGCGAGAAAGGAGUGCAACUAUCUGGUGGGCAGAAACAGCGGGUAGCUAUCGCAAGGGCCAUUAUAAAGGACCCCAAGAUACUACUACUUGAUGAGGCAACCAGUGCCCUGGAUGCGGAAUCGGAGCGCAUCGUUCAAGAUGCAUUGGAUCGAGUCAUGGUGAGCAGGACCACCAUAGUGGUGGCACACCGCCUCUCCACGAUCAAAGGGGCUGAUAUGAUUGCAGUCAUCAAGGAAGGAAAAAUUGCAGAGAAGGGAAAGCAUGAGGCCCUGGUGCGAAUCAAGGAUGGGGUCUAUGCUUCACUAUUAGAACUUCGCUAUAAUUCUGAGUAG